CUGAAUAUUAUCAAUAUGGACGUAAAACCACACUAUCUUCUUAGUAAAUGUCUAAACAAGAUAUGAAGUGCAUUUCAUUCCUAUAUAAAAAUAAAUUAGUUGUAUUAAUAAUAGUUGGCCAAGUUUUUGCACUCUGAUCAUGACUACUGCACCCGUAGUAUCUUCACAAAUCGGUUGUUGGGUAGAAACAUUCGACUUUGUUCCCGGCGCCUUCAAAGUGGAUGGCACGCACCACGAUAAAGACGUAUAUAUCAUCAGAAUUUCCUCCAACGGCGCCCAAUAUCCCGGAAAACACAUAAAAGAUACCGGAAGUUAUGCGACUUGGGACGGCAAAGAACAGAAUGUUUCAAAAUUCGAAAUGUUGUGUCACUCACAAUUGAAAUGGGUCAGUUGUUAUGGACAAGAGAUUCCUCCAAAUGCUUUUGUUGGUGGAACAGAUGAAAAAGGUGAAAUCUGGUAUAUCGGAAAAUGCUAUCACGACGGGCAUGUUGUUGUGGGAAUGGUGAAGAAGGACGUUGGAACAUUGUAUUAUGGAUGGAAUGGCAAAGAAUACAAAACAGUUAUGUAUGACAUUUUGGUUGUUUAGAUGUUUACACUGUCCAGUUGUCUAUGAGGAAAUGGGGCUGUUACCUCUUAUUUUAAAUUCAAGUUUUUUCUUUAAAUAUGGUUGUGUACUAUUUUAAUUUGUACCUUUUAUUUUGCGUUCAGUGUCAAAAAUUAAAUUAAUAAAGCAGCAUUUUGUUACAACA